UUCCAGAAGGCAGAAUCUGACCUGGAUUAUAUUCAACACAGACUGGAGUUUGAAAUAUUGAAAAGUCUUCCUGAUGAUCUGGCACCAGAGGAAAAUCCAGUUGCUCUCUUGGAAGAACUCUCAGUGAUGAAAUCUCGUUACAAAAUGUUGCGUAUGCAGCUGAAAAAAGUUUUCAUAGAGCAGAGAGAAUCCAUGAACCGCAUCCGUGCUGCUCUGGAGAACACAAUGAAGAUGGUUCGGGUGUUACAGCACCAUGCUGGUAUUGAGUGCUUACCCCUGUCAGCAGAAGAACAGGCUGCAGUACAGCAGUUAACCUGCCAAACUGUUGAAGAAAUGGACUUGCUAGCGGAAGAGCCAUCUUAUUCGAGAUCUACAAGCCCUGGCCCAACUGAAGAAUCACAAUUCAAACCAUUGACUGAGGAAAUACUUCUGACUGUACCUAGAACUAUCAGAAGUAUUGUUAAGCUAGCAGACUUGAACAAUUCGUACAGGGAGUUAUUUAACUACUUCCCUGUAAACUCUUCCAGAGGAGCACUGAGUGUUUCACAGAUGAACAAGAUGAAUAUGAAAGCCACUGACUCAAGAAUACAAAUCUUGAAAGAACUGGCUAUUGUGGAACUUAGCAAACAAGGAAAUGUUAAAUUGGUUGUGCGAAUAAAAGCUUGGACCAUGUUCAUUUGA